GGCGAUGGAGCACAUGGUAGUGUAUUCUUGGCUUGUGAGAGGAGAACCAAUUUUAUAUGCGUGUUAAAAUGUAUAUCUAAAUCACAUUUAGUCAA